AUGCCGCGUGCUGUGUCAGACAAACUCACAAACGUGAGGACACAGGCGAUAGCAGCGGCAAACACACCGACUUCUUUGUCGCGCAAAGCGUCACAGAAUAACACAACAGGGACAGUGGCCGCGACCAAGAAUCCCAUCUUCAAUACAGACAGAUUCGGCCAGCACAUUCUCAAGAAUCCCCUGGUCGCGCAGGGCAUUGUCGACAAAGCGAAUCUUAAACCUACAGAUACCGUGUUGGAAGUGGGUCCAGGUACAGGUAAUUUGACUGUGCGAAUUCUGGAGAAGGCGAAGCGAGUAGUCGUGGUGGAAAUGGAUCCACGCAUGGCAGCCGAGCUGACGAAACGUGUUCAGGGCAAGCCAGAGCAGCGGAAACUGGAGAUUGUGAUCGGCGAUGUGUGCAAGACUGACCUGCCAUACUUUGAUGUGGUCAUCAGUAAUACCCCGUACCAAAUUUCAUCGCCCCUUGUAUUCAAGUUGCUGUCGCACCGGCCGCUCUUCCGAUGUGCCAUCUUGAUGUUUCAGCGUGAAUUUGCAAUGCGACUUGUCGCACGCCCAGGAUCACCAUUGUGGGGGCGCUUAUCGGCGAAUGUCCAGUUGUAUGCCAAAGUGGAUCACAUCAUGAAAGUGGCACGUGGAUCAUUCCGACCACCACCGCAAGUCGACAGUUCGGUCGUGCGGAUUGUGCCGUUGAACCCGCCGCCGCCCAUCAAGUUUGAAGAGUUUGACGGACUCACACGGAUCGUGUUUUCGCGGCGCAACAAGGUGCUUCGUGCGUGCUUCUUUGGCGCACGCGGUGUGCUGGAGAUGAUGGAAGCGAAUUGGAAGACGUACUGUGCCGAGCAUGGCGUAUCAACAGUGGGCAUCUCGUUUCCUGACAAGGUAGACAGCGUGCUUGCGCGGCUCGGCAUGAGUGAGGCACGGGCUGCGAAACUCGAUGUUGACGAGCUACUUACGUUGCUGUCGGCUUUUCAUGACGAAGGUAUUCAUUUCUAG